UGACAACGCAACCGCCUUAGCUCUGCUCCGUGGCCCGCCGCCGCCAGCGAAGACAGGGCUCUACCUGCAGACCUUUGUCCUCACGCUUUUGACUGGCGCCGCUAGGGAACCCACCCGGCUCGGGACACGGCGAGCGGCGGCAGGAAAGCAGGCGUCUCCCGAGGCAGGCAGCGAGCGACGCGACACCCCUACACCUCCUAAGGAGGAGGAGGCAGCAUUCUACCCUCGGGGGCAGCAGAGGGUGGUAGGCUAAGGUCGCCUGCAGCUGCCCCACCAGCCAGCGCUCGGCCCCGACCGUCGGGGAACCCCAGUUCCCGCUCCGCGCACCCGGCAGCCCCUCCUGAGCAACGGCGGCAGAGCCGCCUGCUUUAGCGCGCAUGCUCGGAGCGGGCGCCAUUUUGGUUGGGGCCGGGAGUUAUCCAGCGGGAGCGGCGGUGGAGCUCGCUGGGCCCGGCUCGGAGGCGGCGAGUGGGAGCCCGCUGUGGAGAUGGCCAACAUUGCGGUGCAGAGAAUCAAGCGGGAGUUCAAGGAGGUGCUCAAGAGUGAGGAGGAGUUUGGCUUUAAUAGGAAAGAAGUGUACAAGUCCUAAGACGAGCAAAAAUCAAAUUAAAGUAGAUCUUGUAGAUGAGAAUUUUACAGAAUUAAGAGGAGAAAUAGCAGGACCUCCGGACACACCAUAUGAAGGUGGAAGGUAUCAGUUAGAGAUAAAAAUUCCAGAAACGUAUCCAUUUAAUCCUCCUAAGGUGCGGUUUAUCACCAAAAUAUGGCAUCCUAACAUUAGCUCAGUCACUGGGGCCAUUUGUUUGGAUAUUCUGAAAGAUCAAUGGGCAGCAGCAAUGACUCUAAGAACGGUGUUGUUAUCGCUGCAAGCAUUGUUGGCAGCUGCAGAACCAGAUGAUCCACAAGAUGCAGUAGUGGCAAACCAGUACAAACAAAAUCCAGAAAUGUUUAAACAGACAGCUCGACUUUGGGCACAUGUGUAUGCUGGAGCACCAGUUUCUAGUCCAGAAUACACCAAAAAAAUAGAAAACCUUUGUGCUAUGGGCUUUGAUAGGAAUGCAGUAAUAGUGGCCUUGUCUUCAAAAUCAUGGGAUGUAGAGACUGCAACAGAAUUACUCCUGAGUAACUGAGCCAUGUAGAGAGCUGCUUCAAUAGUCCAGCUUGCCCCUUCUGGAGGAGCAUCACCAUCUGUUAUUUUUAGGAUUCUAUAUAGAUUCUCUUUUAAAACUGGCACUCUUACCUGAUGAUGCUAUCUAGGCACUAUUGGAGACUGAAAAAACCGCUCUGUAAAUAAAGCUAAUUAAACGUCUGUGUAAAUUUAAAAAGGGGAAAUACUUUAAUUUUUUUUCUUACUAAAUAUUGUAAAAAUUCUUUGAGCUCAGCUAAGAUAAUGGGAAAAAAACCCAUGCCUACUUUAGUGUUUAGCAGUGUGAUGAAGACUAGCAGGAACUUGCUUCAGGAUUUCGAUUUAGUAAUUCAGAAAGCAACAUUUUUGAGUGUUAGUCAUCAAAAUUGUUGGUGCCACUCAUCACAGCUAUCUUACUGUUUUUAACAUGGAUCCUAUGUGCCUGUGGAUUGACCUAUAUUUGCAUGCUUGUACUUAAUAGACAUAUUAGGUAGGGUUGCUGAAGAGAGCACCAUUGAAAUACUUGAUUGUUCUUGUAACUAUUUUUUUCCUGAAAGACUUUGAAGACUUACCCAAAGUUCCAAAUGGUGACCUAUUCAGAACUGGUUUCUUUCUAGCUGAUUAAUUGGGAAACCCGAUUCUCCUCUCCCUUCCCUUACAUCAUACAGCUGAAAAUCCUCACUAGAUCAUCUUUCAUCAUCUCUGGUUAUUAUGUGUGCCAUUUACGGUAGUCUAGGCUCCCAUUUAUAAACAUAUUUUGAAUUAUCAGUAAUGAUUUUUAUCCAUCAUGUUUUCCACACGCUCUCAUAAGGAGUAUGCCUCAAUAUAGCACAAAAAGAUGGAGCUGGUUUUCUUUCUUUUUUUUUGGUUUUUUUUUCUGCAAUAGAUGUAAAAUGUUCUUCAGUACAUUCUGGAUAAAAUUAUUUCAGUGGGUCUGAAGGAGGAAAACUCUGGUUCUCUAGUGUACCAAGAAUUAAAGAAUACUUUCUUUGAGUACUUGACAUGAUGCAAUCAGCUGUUUUGUGCAGCAGUUUUCUAGCUUUAUUUUGGGCUUCAAUUUAAGGAUUGCUUACCAGGUACUUUAAAAUUCAUCAUUGCUUGCGUUUUUCUCGACUUGACACACGGAGGCUGUGUUGGUGUUUUUCUGUACAUACUUCAAAUGCACAUAGAAGUAGAAGUGUGUUCUUGGUUUAGCUUUCUUUUGGAUUGAUGUUUCUGAUAAAUGAGAACUGAAGUCUUACCUUGGCUUGUACAUACAGUCAGUCUUUUUAUUCGUAUUAAAAUGACAUUUCAUCCUGAGUGCAAAAGCUUGAAAAUUAUUAGUUUUGCAACUUCAAACACUAGUACAUUUAUUUAAAGAGAGCUGUAAUGUCUCUGUGAAUGUGAUGCUAAGUUUUAAGAGUGUAUCUGACAAGGAAGUUCAGAGACUAGAGAGUGGGGCUUGUGGGUGAUGGAGUACUGUAUAAGUCAUCUUUUCCACACUUGUUUUUUUUUUCUCCUAAACUGUGGAUUAAUGGGGUGGGGAAAUACAUGUCUGGGGGGUUUCUGGAGCUAUGAAGUACAAGUUGAAAUAGUUUAAUGCUUCAUAGACACUCUGUUUAUAAGUCAUACUAGAAGAAAUAGGAACAUUAUUGUACCUGUUAAAUAUCUAGAGCAUAGUGGCAGGGGAACAGAACCAGAAAAUAGAGAUGUAGCUAGUUCAGGGAUGUUCCCUGUACUGCUCUGUCCAAUGUGUCCAAACCUAAAAUAUAUCAGGGCACAGACAGUAAAUACUUUGAACUCAUAUCAGUGCAAUACUAAAUGCAUUUGCUUAGUCUUUAUACAUAUUACUUUUUAAGAUGUAGUCAGUGAUCAGUUUUCUUGAGUUAGUGUAAAUCAUUUGCAAUGAUGCCAAAGGAAGUGAGUUGUUUUCGUCUUAUAUUUAUUUAUUUUUUUAACAAGAACUGCUACUGUUCAGCUGGUUUGGUAGGUGAAAACCAGGGACAGUAGGAAACUGGCAGAAUGCCACUUGUGUUAAUCUCAAGUUGCUGUCUUUUCUGUUAUACAGGCUAAGAACUUCUUGAUUACAUCAACACCAUUUUUUUUACCCUAGUGGUAAUUGUAAAUUGCUGACUACUUUCCCUUGUUCUUCACUGCUGUUUAUCAAAAGAAAAAACUUGGAAGUCAUUCUUGGGGACAUAAAACUUAUAAAUUCUGAAUGUGUCUUUUGAUAAGAUUAGUCUCCGAAGGACAGUGGGUUUUUCCAACAGUAUGUAAAGGGAUAAUGGAAGCCAGGGGAAGGGGUGGGGGAGAGGAAAUGGUUCUUGGGUGAGCACGGUCACCUCAGAAAUAAUGCUGUUAGGUUUUACUUCUGUCAUGAAGUUACCUCAUUUUCUUUUCUAUUGCAAAACACUCAUCUUUCCUUUCUCUUAUGGAUAGAUGUUGGCUACUGGGUUUUGCCCUCCAUCCUUGCACUUGGUAGCAAAGAUACUUUAAUGCUAGCUCAGGUGCUGGCAGAAGGGAAGCUUCUCCAGAAGUGAGUAGGGAAGGCAACAUGACCCAGCAUUAAGGAGACAUCUGCAGUCUGAAGUCCCUCUGAAUUUGACAUUCAAGUCCUUUAUAAGGAAUGUUUUUGUAUUCUUGGUAACUAUCAGUCAGAAUUGAAUAUAGAGAUAAUGCUUGAGGUUAGUUUAACUGCAGCUGGGGCUGAGCCCUGGGAAUUUUGCUGUUAAUGUUCAGUUAUCAUUAUGUGUUUGUACAUACAAAAUGGUAGUUCUGUUUUCUGUACAAGUGAACUAUAUUCAGGGCCCUGUGCUCUCUCAGAUGUGGAGGUGCCACGGAGUGCACUCCAGCUGUGGACUUGGGCUGCAUAUUUACUGCUUUCUUAUAACAAGAACGUAACAUGUGGGUGCAGUUGAUUUCAGAGUAUGAAUGAAUCCUGCAUUGUCUUCCUUUAUCAUGCAAGAAAUGGCUUAAAACUAAUUUGGAAGUCUCAAUGGCCCCAUUUUUCUAAACAAGGUAUUGGCAGUGACACUGAUUGCCAGAGCAUCAGUUGGAUUUCAUUGCUGAACUUUCUAACAUGCAUCCAAGAAAGUUGUUUUGUUUUGUUGGUGGGGAACAAGAAACUCAUAUCUUGUCCUGUUCCUCAGAGUGGAGUACAGCUUUGUUCAAAGGCAGAGAAAUGCCCUCUCCUCUUGCCAAAAGCCUCAUCAUCCUGAGAGUGCCAAAAGCCCUGACUGAAUCCCACCCCCAGCUGUCGAUUCACGGCUCCCUCAUGUUGCUGCUGUGAACAAGCUGUGUUCUCAGUGUGACAAAUGGGUACGUUUUGGAGACACAAACUUAGGAACAUAUCCUUCUGAAAGCUGUGGCACAUAUACUGUUCAUUCUGCAUAUCCCAAACUUUUAACUCUUGUUUUUGUCAUAGUCUCGCCAUAGUGUACAUGGGGCCUUGACUAUAAUUGGUUUGGUGUUAUUUAUCUGAGCAAUUGGAUACUAAUGGUGUAGGAGUAUGUCUUGGGUUUUUUAAUUAUCAUUGUUCUUAACUGUUUUCCAAGUGAAUUAGUGUUGGAACACUGACAAGGAAUAGAGAAUCUGUUUUGUUGUCUGAAAGGAGGAGUUAAAUAGCCAGACAGAAGCUCUACCUUGUAAUGUCAAAUCUGUGUUUUAUGCGGUGGGUAACAGAAACAUUUUAACUAUGCAAAUUGAAGCUUAGCAGCUGUGAAUCAAAAUAGGCACUCUGGAGCAUAUGGAUUGCUUAUUUAAUAGGGAAGGGGUCUCGGACGGGGGGAUCAACACACAGUUUCCAGUAGGAGUUCUUAUUUAUUGCAUUGGUCCUGUACUGUGAAGGUGGAGUGUUCCGUUUUCAGUGCAAAGGGAAAGCUCGUGGUGUGCAUGUUCCUCACUUCCUUCCUGAAGACCAACACAAGCCAGUUUGGCCUUGGAGGCUUGCCCAGAGAUGUUAAAUACUUUAGUGGUGAAAGAUAGUUUAACAUCAGUUCUGCUGAUGAGCAGAUGCAAUGAGAAGAUGAGGUGUCAGCUCCUGCUGUGUUGUGUUGAUGAAGAGCACCUCAGUGAGUGUGGCUGCUGGGUUGGGGUUGGGUUCCUGUCUUUGAUGGGCAGUCAGCCCAACAACAGGUAGCAAAAGCGAGUUUCCUCAUGGACUCUGUUGCAUUACAGAGCUAAAGUGUAAAAGUAAAGAUGCUCCUUGGGUGCCUAAAGCUUUUCCUGGGAAGACCAUACAGCUGGUUUUGCUGUUCCUGUCCUCAUUUUCCAGGCACAGCUUUCCCAUAUGGCUAGACAAAGGGGCAGUUGCUUCUUUCUUAACAGUUUCCUGAUCUAUUCCAAACCCAUCAUUAAGUCAUGGAGCUUGCUCUUCCCGUUUGUGAUGUCAAGCAGACUCAUCACUAGACUUACUUACAAGGCCAACCUUCCUGGUCGCAGUUUGCUUCUUGCUUGGGUGUUCCAGCUCCAGUGCUCUGUGGGUAGCAACUUCAGAUUUGUUCUCACUGGGCAAACUCUUGCAAAUAAUUUGCACUGCAUUGUACUGUGAUGUGAUGUUCCUUCUCUGCUGUUACCUGCUUUGUAGGCAUCCAAAUAGCUAGCUGGUCGAUUACAGUGCUGAGCCAUCCAUCAAUAAUGUGAGAUAAGAUAAUGACAGAUGAGGAAAUGUACUGUGAAAAUGCUGUACUUGUCCGUUUUACGGCAGCUGCUGGUGCUCUGUUGUGGUGUCUGAAGGAGGCUGCCAUCAUACAAACGCUGAUGUCAACUGCUGAAGCGCCCUGCUUUCACUUACCUCUUUCAUCGCACCUCUGACUUUUCUAAUUGAAAAUAUGAAAUAAGACCAGUACAGCCCAUGGCAGGAGGUUGGUUCCCGAGGCUCAGACUUCCUGUACAGGCGGAGCGGGUGGGCUGGAAUGCAGCGUCAGUGGGAUUUGUCUUGAGAAUAAAAGCUACACCAACACUUUUGUACACUAAUGGUUUUUUCAAUAAACACACAUUUUAAAAGAUGUUGAUUUCCACUGGGAAUGCUUCACAAUAAAUGCAUGUUUCCCUGAAAACAGCUUUCAUUUGGUUACUAUAAUUCCAGUUGUUCUGAGGUUACAGGGUCUACUGCCUCCAUGUCUGUGAUGAGAGAGAAAGGGGUGAUUGUUUUUGUGAUGCAUAUGAAAAAGUUGUGGAGAUGAUGAUGUAAAUAUAAGGUGUGUAAUGAUGUGCGUUACUUCAACUUGACUGCCUCAUGUGAUAGCCUAAGAAAUACAUGUACAGAUGAAGCACCUCUGCCUCCUUUCAAAAGCUGUUUCUGAGGAGAUAGCUCAGAGGAGAGUUUUCUUUGGAUUUUCCAGCACUGCUCAUGUUCAUCUCAUCUUUGUGCAUUUUAAACUAUGGACUUCAUCUAAACUACAGCGCUUGCAUGCGGGGGUGACAGCACUGUCUCCCAGCUGUAGUAGAACCUGGUAGGGAUGAUGACUGUGGAUGUAUUUGCCACCAGUACAUACUAUCCACUGCUUCUGGCAUUUGUCAGCAUUUGUUAAAUGGAGUAAAGUAGUUUGAAAGACGGAGUCUGCGCAGCUGAAGCCAUGAGCUGGGAGUAACACCGGCUGUAGUGCGUUGUUACAGGGCUGUGCCCCAUCUUCAGGUGUGUGUGGCUCUGGGUGGGUUCUGCAGGUGCCUGGGCAGGUUCUACCAGCUGGGACAGUGCUGCCCAAUUUAUGGUGUUAAACAGUGGUGUGAGGCAGUUGUUGUUUGUUUCUUUACACUUGCUGCCAUCAGGAGCUAUGUUGUAUUGUGGUGCCUUGUUCAUUAAGAGGGAGGGGGAGCACUCCCCAGCCCCUCGGCUGGGGCUACCCAUUAAUUGAGAAAAACAUUGCUUCAAUCCAUAUCCCUUGUUGUUGUAAUUAGACACUGCUGUGACAUGAGUAACUGAGCUGCUUUAUACUGAAACACACCAUCGUCCAACAGCCUUGUCAUCUCUUUCAGUACCCCAGCACUGGAAGCGAGUUCAGAGUUGCCAUGGACUGACAGUGCUUUCCUAGCUCAACUGCUCCUGUACUUAAUUAUCUGUUUCAGUAGCUGGCAUGGACACGUUUAGCUCUCGGGCAGGUAACUCUGACACUGCCAAUGCAGCAUAUCCAGGAUUUUAAAUUGUUUUAAGGUCAAGUCUGGAUCUGGAGCACCCGUGUCUGGUAUAAUGUCAAAUAAAUUACAUUGCUUCA